GCAUUAAUAGUAGUAACAUUCUUUCUUCACCUUUCCUCUUUCCCUUUCUUCUCUUUGUUGUCUUCUAUUACUUCCAAUGUAUCUUCUCUCUUCUCCUAAAUUUUCCAUUAGACUUCUAAUAUGUCUUAUUCCGUUACAAUUUUAUUCUGUAUUUUCGUCAGCAAGUUUAAAGAACCACCAAAAUCAACAAAAUCAUAAAAAGCCAAUUAUGCUUUUGGCAAAUUUAACUUCAUGUCAAUUGUUUAUGGGUUCAUGGGUUUAUGAUGAAACUUAUCCAUUGUAUCAAUCUUCUUCUUGCCCAAUUAUUGAUUCACAAUUUAACUGUCAAAUGUAUGGAAGACCUGAUAUUGAUUACCUUAAAUAUAGAUGGAAACCAGCAAAUUGUCACAUUCCCAGGUUCAAUGGGCUAGACUUUCUGGUGAGAAUGAGAGGAAAGACAGUGAUGUAUGUUGGAGAUUCAUUAGGAAGGAACCAAUGGCAGUCAUUGAUUUGUAUGAUUUCAGCAGCUGUCCCACGAGCUCAAACUCAAAUGAUCACUGGUGACCCUAUCUCUACUUUCAAAUUCUUGGAUUAUGGAGUGUCAGUGUCAUUUUACAGAACACCAUAUUUGGUGGAUAUAGACUCUCUGCAGGGCAAGAGAAUCCUGAGAUUGGAUGAUAUAACGAAGAAUUCCAAUGCUUGGAAAGGUGUGGAUGUUCUCUCUUUCAAUACUGGUCAUUGGUGGACUCACAAAGGGGCUCUCCAAGGGUGGGACUACAUGGAUUUGGGAGGCAAAUUGUAUCAAGAUAUGGACAGACUAGUGGCAUUCGAGAGAGGCUUAAGGACAUGGGCAAGAUGGAUUGAUGCCAAUAUCGACAAAAGUAGAACAACACUCUUCUUUCAGGGUAUUUCACCUACACAUUACAACCCAAGCGACUGGACCACCGACACGUCGGCCACGUCCUCGGCGAGAAGCUGUUACGGAGAGACCGUGCCAAUGACCGGCACGGCGUAUCCGGGCACGUACCCGGAUCAAAUGAAGGUGUUGCAGGAGGUAAUAGGUGACAUGAACAACCCUCCAUUUCUUUUGGACAUAACAUUUCUAUCAGCAAUGAGAAAAGAUGCACAUCCUUCUAUCUAUAGUGGUGCACUCACUUCAGAGCAAAGGGCAAAUCCUGAUCACUCUGCUGAUUGUAGUCAUUGGUGUCUUGCUGGUUUGCCUGAUACUUGGAAUCAACUAUUUUACACUGCCCUUUUCUUUUAAUUAGAUUUUCAAUAUUAUUCUAUUUAUAUGUUUUGCUGGCAAUGCAAUUCAUUUUUAGGAAGCACAAACUUUCAAGUAUUCUACAAAGAUUAAACAUGUACUUGGGUAAAGUUUCAUUCCUGUUGGUGUAAAUGCUUGAAAAAAUGUAUCUUGUUCAUUUUGUAAUUAUUCACUUUUUGUGGUCCAUUUUAUUAAACUUUUGUCAUA